CGUUUUCAUCGAUGCAUGAUAGCCGUUCUUUUCUUCCGACAGGUACAAUAUGCUGUGGGAUGAAAGUAAUGUGAAACUGGGCGUGUCGCUGCCAAUCUUCAUCGUCGAUGCAUUUACCGGACAGCCGCUUUCUGGCAACCCUGCUGCCGUGUGUCUGGUCGAGGGGCGCCAGGAUAUCCCAGACCAGACGAAGCAGAGCAUGGCGUCUGAGUUGAAUCUCUCGGAGACGGCGAUCGUGACGAAGAUCCGGAUGGAGGACAGGUUCGACACGGCUUCCCAGUUCAGACUCCGCUGGUUCACGCCCACGAGGGAGGUCCCCCUCUGCGGACAUGCCACCCUCGCCGCCGCUGCCGUCCUCUUCUUCUGCUGCAAUAACCCGAGCGGGAAGCUGAAGUUCGAGACGGUGGGCGGAGUGCUGGGAGCGAGGAAGAAAGGACGGACCAUCGUGCUGGACUUCCCCGCCCACCGACCCGUGCCCCUGGACGCCACGCUGAGGGCGGAAGCCGAGCCCCUGGUCAGGGAAAUCAUGAGGGGCCUGGAACCGGUGGACCUCGCCUACUGCCCCAUGACCAAGGAUCUCCUCAUCAGACUCGAGGACUUCUACUCGAGGCAGGUCUCCCGCCGUUCGCCCGGGACAGAAACUCCUAAUAUAAAAGCAAAUAAGAAA